AUGGAAAAAGAUAUAGAUGAAAUAAAUAAAAAAUUUAUAUCAAAAAUGGAGAAAGAUAUAGAUGAAAUAAAAAAAAAAUUUAUAUCAAGAAUUGAUAAAGAAAAAAAAAAAAAGCAUAAAACUAAUAUUUUAUUGAUUGGUCCGGUUGCAGGCGGUAAAUCUCAAUUAAUUUAUUUCUUUGCAAAAGAAUAUGUAAAUGAAGAGCAACUAUCAAGAAUGAAUAUCAGCAAAUCAGGUGAUGGUACAAAGGAACUGGUUAUAAUUGAAACCGAUAAUGCCAUAUACUAUGACUACAGGGGAAAGAAAGAGAAUGAAACUAUUGAAGAAUAUUUAGAGGCAAUUGAAAAUGCUCUUGGCUCAAAAUGUAAAACAAUUGACUUAAUAUUCGGUGUUAUUCGAUUGUAUAAUGAGAGAGAUUGUGAUAUCAUUCUAAUGAAAGAAAUUUUAUCAAGUAUUAAAGGCCAUUACCCAGAUAACAAAUUAGAGAAAACCGAAUUCAUUAUAUUCAUGACCAAGGAAGAUGAGGUCACCUCUCCUUUAAGCAAGUCCAUAGCUGAUGAUAGACUUGAAAAGUGCAGGAAUAUAUUCAAAGACAUCAAAGGCGAUGACAAAAGAAAACCACAUAAAUAUAAUAAGACCCUAUUACUAUUAGUAAAAAAUAUAUCCUCUACUCGAAUAAAAAUACCCAAAUUAGAAUGCAAUGAUGCAGAAGAUUAUCAAAUAGAUCAAAAUGAUUUAGAAAAAAAGAAAUGUACUCAAAAAAAAAUCAAUUUUUACAAUGGAAACGUUGUUUUUUGUGAAACUUGCUCAACUAUUUUUCUUACUGAAGAUAAUAAUAUAAAAGAUAAAGUCUAUAAAGAUUUUAUCCAUGGCAAAAAAAUAAAAACUAUUGAAAGCUGCCAAAUCAAAAACUCUCGACCCAAUAAAAUAUUAGAAACAUUUAUACAAUACGCAGUGGAUCAAAAAAUUUUUACAAUAAUUGUAAAUGAAGAGUAUGAUAUGCAAAAGAAAAUUUUUUAUGAUGUUCCAUCAUUAUUAAAAAGCAAAAUAGAAACAUGGGAAUGCAAUCACCAAUCAAACCCUAUUGAAAAAUGUACAGUUUGCUACCAAUGUAGUGAUAAAAAUCUCUAUAUUAACAUUUCAAAACAAUUUAAAUUUACCCAUUCCAGUGAAGAAAUUGCCAGUCAAGAGAGUAAAAGAUGGAAAUCAGUUAGUUCUCUCAGCUAUUCAUUUCAACUGCUGAUAUCUCCAGUCACUUUGAUGGUUCAAAAAUUUAUUUAUGACCCAAAUAAUGACUAUCUAGGUAGCUGGGCUUUGUUUUACUGUAUUUUAUUUAGAACUUUGUCAAAUGAAAUAUUAAAGCAAACAAUAUAUAUAUAUACAAAACAAAAUAAAAAUCACGAUAUAGAUAAAACAAAAGAAUUUUUAAACUAUUCUAAUCUUUGGGAAAAUUUGAAAAAUAGUGAAACCCUGCUAACAAAAAGAAUCAAAAAACAUAUUCGAGUAAACUCCUUAGAUUUUACUUGUAAAUCAUUGGCUAGCGAAGAAUUUGAUAUUUACGAUCCAAAAACAGAUAGAAAUAACGAAUUAAACAAUGGUCCUGUUGCUCACAUUAAAAAUUUAAUGAUCAACUUAUCAAUAUCAUCAGAAAAAGAUUUAAAUAUAUUAAAUAGAAUUAUUUUUGAUAAUAAUAAUAAUAAUGAUAAUAAUAAUAAUAAUAAUAACAAUAAUGAUAAUAAUAAUAAUAAUAAUAACAAUAACAUUAACAUUAACAAUGACAGCAAUAAUAAUGAUAAUAAUAAUAAUAACAAUAAUAAUUAA